AUGACUAAUAAAGGAGAUUUUAAUGUUUAUAUAUAUAUUCCAGUAGCAUAUAAUGAAAUUAUAAAAAAAAGAUCUGAAUACUGUUAUGAUAUUUUGUUUAAAUUAAUAAAUAAGCAAUUUAAUAUAUAUAAUGUUAAAUCUAAUCAAAAUGAUCUUUUUACUAAACAAAAUAAUGAACUAAAUAAAGAAGAAAUUCUGAAGCAUAUUUAUUAUCAAAUUGAUAAUUUAAAUAUUGAUAAAAAAGUUCAAUAUGAUGAAAAAAAAGAUAUUGAAGAUUCUCUGCAUAUAACUAUAGUUGGCUCUGUUCAAAUAAAAAGGUAUAUGAUUUCUUCAUUUAUAAAUAAAGUAAAAGAAGAAAUGAAAAAUCAGAACUGCUUUUACUUAUUUUUUAAAAAGGAUGUUGAUCUAUAUAAAAGCCAAAAGAAUACAAAAUAUUUUUGUUCAUAUUCUGUAAACAGUGAACAACAGAAAUUACAUUUAGACCCUUUAAUAAAAAAAAUAAAUAAAAUUUUAAAUCAAUUUGGUUUAAAUAACAAUUAUGUAAAUAGAAUAUGUCAUGUAUCAUUAGCGUAUACUGAUACUAGUUUAGAAACGAUUUUAGAGAAAAAUAAAUUAAAUGUUAACGAUAUGUUUUGGCCUAAUAUAAAUGAAAUAAUAAUUGAUAAUAAUUCAAAUCAUAACACAGAUGAUUUUUACAUUUAUGUUAAUUGUAUUCAUGUUUGUAUUGGAAAUAAAUUGUAUAAAAUUCAUUUUAAAAAUUUUAGUAAUUCUAAUUUAUUAGAAUCUGAUGAUUUUUAUGUAAGUAGCACAGAUGAAUCAUGA